GGAUGGCCGAGGGGGGGGUUGGCUGGAAGACGUGCUCCCCCGCUUCCCGGGGAGAGAGGCUGCAGCAUCGCCCUUAAACUGAAGGGAGCUGUAAACAACUGCGAAGUGACAAAACUUUAAAGAACAAAGAAAAAAAAUAAUAGCUUCAACCUGUGUACUGAAAUCUAUUUCUCUCUGAAAUUCUUAGUUAUGUUUUUUGUCCCAGAAUGGCGAAACUCACAUAACUGUGGUAUCUUCUCAGCGGCUUGAAGUGCCUUGGGCUUGUUUAAACUGGAAGAUGUGGAGUGGACUGUUACCUCCGGGGCUGAAUGAAAGUGAUGUUGAUUUAAGUUCUGAUGAUGGAGAUGAAUCGUAUGGUUCCUUUUCAAAGGAAGAUGCAAAAGAAGAUACUGGAAGGGUUCAGCUUUCUGAAUUCCGAGAGAAUGGACCUGAAAGUAAUGUCAUCAGUGAACCCAUUGUGGUACCAGGGACAGAUGGAGAGAACGAAUCUCAAACGUGCCCUUCUGGGAUUUCUUUAACUAUGUGGAAUAAAUUUCUGGAGCUUCAGAAGAAAAACCGUGAAAUGAGGACCCAAGCACAUCAGGAAAAUAAAAGCCGAAAAAGAAAGCGCCACAGAAAAGAAAAACGGAAAAAGAACGAUGAAGUGACUAAGAGUAGUCAACAGUUGGCAAAUGAGGAGAAAUGGAAAGAACUUACACAAUACUUUGGAAUCAAUGAUAGAUUUGAAUCACCUGUGGAUAGCAAGGCUCCACAAAAGUCUGGCCUUGAACUUAGCAUAGAGAAGUCUGUGGCUGAAGGUGACAUUGAUAAGGCUGAGGAGCUGAGUGAUAGAUUAGCCAUUCGUGAGCUUGGUGUGAAAAUUGCCAAAGCUGCUGCUUGCCGCAACUUUGUAAAAGCCAAGCAAGAAGCAGAGGCUGCCCAAGAAGCUCGAAAGAAAAAGAAGCUUGCUUGGGGAUUUGAAGCCAAGAAAAGAUGGGAAACAAAAAGCAAUAUGGGAUACAUGUGACCUAUCCUGUUUUCCUCAGGACUCGUAUAUUGGUUUUUACCUGAAGAAUCUUUGUGGACGACUUCUUAAAUCUAAACACAGAAAAACCCUGAAACAAAGCCCAACAUAUGAAAUUCCUUCUGUUUCUCUUAAUGCUGUUAGACUGCAGUAUCUUGUUUUGGAGCUAUCUUAUGUUAUAAACAAUACUACCUAAAUAUCAGUACUAUGUUACAUACAGUAUUUUUCUCCAAAAUAUAAAAAUUUAAGAUAAUACAUUGCAGAAUUCAUUUGAGGUCUGUCAGAGAACUCUCUAAAGUUGGAAUAAAAUGCUUGGUCCAAAUGUGUGCUGCUCUGCAGUUAUGUGUGGGUGUAAGGAGAGGGAUAUGUGUUCCCGCUGAGGUUAUACAGACAGUGCAGCAAGUACUACUUUUCUGAUUGCUUGAAUGUUUGAGGGGGCACUCAAUAAACAAAAGCAAAACCAUCCUACCUGUUUAAAACCAUCAUUAUUCAUACAUUUAUGGGCUUAGUAAAUAUAGACAUUAUAGUAAAUACAGAAAUUGGCUGAAAAAGUCUAUCCUCCUCCUGGGAGGAUCAGGUAUAUAUUCAUCAUAUCUUGGUGCCAUGAUCUUCAGAAUACUUAGAAGUCUCAUUUUUCUUUCCUUCCCAGGAACUCAGGUUUUAAAAGUCACAGUUUCUUUGAGCAGAUAUAGAAAUAGCUAUCCUGAAAAAUAACCAAAAUGUGUUGUGCAGUUAGCUGCACCCAAGAAACAAAUGCAGAUUUUACUCCAAGUCAAAUAUUUUACAGAUCAGUUAGGAUUUGAAUGUUUGUUACAAGAUUAUAAGAAGAAUUGACGAUGUUUCUUCAAAAUUGUUCAGUGAAAAGGAUGCUGGUAAGUUUUCUCCCUGAAGCUCUUGCAUGUAUGUUUAUUCACCACAAUGCCUGAAUUUAAUUGGUAAUGUAAAUGUCAGUUAUUGUUAACCAAGAUUAAUAUGUUUCAGGCCAAAGGUAUGGUAUUAGUGUAAUGGUGAUUUACUAUGUAAGUACUUGAGGCUAAAACAACUUGCCAACAAAUAGCAAUUUGAAGUUUUACGGCACCAAUUUGAAGAGUUUAGGUUUGCAGUCCAACAUGGAAUAGUGCAUUUUUGUUCAUUAGCCCUCAGGAUGUUUGAUUCUUUUUCUUUUUUAGCAGAACAUCGUAUUUCUUUCACAAAGUUGAGAGUUUGCAAUAUGGUAAUCUGCAGUUAGCUGUAAUUAGUUAUGAUGACAGAGUUGAAUACAAUUGCCAGGAUUGUAAAUCAGGGACUAAACAGGUUUCUGCAGUAUAACAUCAUAAAUCUCACACUAUGGUUUAUGAACUACAUUAGCUUUAGAAACUUUGGUGUGGAAGGAAGCAAGUGAUAUCUUUUAGUAAAGUAAUUAUAAAAGUAAAUUGCAUGUUUGCUUGCAUAAACAAACAGAUUAAACUGUGAACCUUCAUCGAGAUUUUUCUCGGUUCCUAAUGUUCCUGUCCAAAACUUGAGGGCACUCUGUCCAUAUUUUCUGUUGGGUUUUUUUAAGCAGCUGGCAGGUGAGUGUUAGAUACAGUUGACCUUUCUGCUUGUUAUAUACUGAAAAGCAAAAUGAUACUGAUAAUUUUGUGCUGAAAACAUCAGCAGUAUUCCAUUAAACAUUUAAAAGUAGAGUAUAUUCAACAGUUGUAUGUUUUUUUUUGUAAUAGUUGCUCUUAGCAGUAACAGUAUUUAUUAUUCUAAUAAAGAUCUUGAUCUAAUUGUAAGGAUUAGUGCUGUUUAUGAUAUGAAAAUGUGCUUUAAAAGAAAUCCAAACUGU